AGGUAUGCGUUUCGGUCAGGAAAUAUUCCCUGCGUGCUGGAAGGGACGCUUGAAGUCAUGGCGUCCGAAUCCUACGGUGUUUACUCCGCAGGUACAUCACGAAUAGACCUUCGUCAACCUCAAGCCACCCCAUGCGCCAGUACCCAAGUCUUUAUUCUUCACCUCGUUUUCUUCUUGCUCUCUGGUUCAAUGUUGUGGUUUCCAUUCACCUGGCUCGUUCUCGAGUCUGGACGACACAGCACAACCCGGGAGAAUCCUCAUCCGGUUACCGUGCAGAGCUGGCCACUGGCCAGAUGGAAAAAAAGCGGUGUCUCGAAACACGGCAAAAAUCCAAGCAAAAGUCUUCUCCAUUCCCCUUUUUCUCCAUGUCUCGCGUCUUUAAGGUCUGCGCAGACGACCCUUCAACCCGACUGUACGGCUUAGCUUUGAACAUGUCAGCUGAGAACGGCUCAUCUCAUAACGGCUUCAGCCUUCGCUUCUCCUCGAGAUGGCACAAAACUCUCAAACCUCGCGUGUUUUUCGCGAGAUCAAGACUUUAAAUCAACAUUCCCGUAUCGAGAUCUUGGAAUUCUAGAAGAAAGCCACCCGCGAACUAGGACGGGGAUGACCGUAGCACGGGGAUGACCGGGAUGAGCUAGCACGUGUAGCGGACUACUGCUCCUGUUAGAUCUCUUGGCAGAAUUUAGGAGUACGAGAUGUCUUUGUCACCCGAUCUUUCGCG